AAAAUAAUUGAAAGUAUAUAAUAGUUAGGGUUCUGCUCUGUUGUGUUCUGCUCUGCUCUGCUCUGCAUUGCAUGCUCAGUGAUUGUUAUCUUCAUUGCAAGACAAGCACAAUGAAGGAUUCAUCAGAAAAGCUGAUUUGGGAUCAGAAAAGCGCACCACAGACACGAGCCUCUCCCACAGCAAAGAUGAUGGUGUGGACCAUCCUCUUCGUUUCCCUCACCUACGUUCUCUACACCUUCAAGCUCGUAAGCACCUCCACCACCUGCACCCACGGUCCAUUUUCCAUCAACCGCAUCUCCUCUUCUUCGUCUCCCUCAAAUGCCACUGUGCAUUCCCCCAUCGGCUCAUCCUCCCCCACCGACCUUCGCCACGUCGUGUUCGGAAUCGCCGCCUCCUCCAAGCUCUGGGAGCAUCGCAAGAACUACAUCAAGCUGUGGUACAAGCCCAAGUUGAUGAGAGGGGUGGUCUGGCUCGACGACCGAGUCAAGACCCACCGCAAAGAAGGCCUACCGCCGGUGAAGAUCUCCACCGACACCUCCAACUUCCCUUACACCAACAAGCUGGGCCACCGCUCUGCCCUCCGAAUAUCGCGGAUCGUGACGGAGACUCUCCGCCUGGGCCUGAAGGACGUCCGGUGGUUCGUGAUGGGGGACGACGACACCGUCUUCGUCACGGAGAACCUUCUCAGAAUUCUUCGGAAAUACGACCACAACCAAUACUAUUACAUCGGUAGCUUGUCGGAGAGCCACUUGCAGAACAUAUUCUUCUCUUACGGCAUGGCGUACGGCGGCGGCGGCUUCGCCAUCAGCUACCCUCUUGCGAAGGCUCUGCAGAAGAUGCAAGACCGAUGCAUUAAACGUUACCCUGCUCUGUACGGCUCAGAUGACAGAAUGCAAGCUUGUAUGGCGGAACUCGGUGUUCCACUCACAAAAGAAAUCGGUUUUCAUCAAUACGACGUGUAUGGGAACCUCUUCGGGCUUCUUGCCGCACACCCUGUGACGCCAUUGGUAUCACUCCACCACCUGGACGUUGUUGAGCCAAUAUUUCCCAACGCCACUCGGGUGGAAGCUCUGAAACGCCUCACCAUUCCCAUGAAGCUUGAUUCCGCCGCCCUCAUCCAGCAAUCCAUCUGCUACGACAAGAACAGCUGCUGGACUGUUUCCGUUUCUUGGGGGUUCGCCGUUCAGAUAUUCCGCGGCAUGUUCUCGGCACGCGAAAUGGAGAUGCCUUCUAGAACCUUCUUGAAUUGGUAUAGGAGGGCGGACUACACUGCCUAUGCUUUCAACACGCGUCCCGUUAGCAGAAACCCGUGUCAGAAGCCAUUUGUUUUCUAUUUCUCCAAAGCCACAUUCAAUUCCACACAGCAACUCACUCUCACUCGAUACGAAAGACACCGUGUCCCUCAUCCUGAGUGCCGCUGGAGGAUGCCUGACCCUUCUGCUAUCGACAAUGUCAUCGUCUACAAGAAACCGGACCCCCAUCUUUGGGAUAGAGCGCCUAGGAGAAACUGUUGCAGGGUCAUCAAGUCCAACCACCAAGGAACAAUGGUCAUUGAUGUGGGUGUAUGUAAGAGCGGUGAGGUUACCGAAAUUUAA